AUGUCUUUCUUCGAUCGUCAGCCAGCUUUAUUCGACUCCAAGAAGCGUCUAGGCAAUACGGGUUCGACCUCUGCAUCAAAUGUGAAUAAUGGAAACGGAAACGGGACUCCUUCCAUCUCCUCCGUCUUCGGAUCACCUCUCCAACAACAGCCUUCCAACGAUGAAAUUGACAGUCAGGCUGGUAAGUUGGGGUGCCUGGGGCGAAUUCAAUAAAAUAUUUUUUUUAUGAAAGAAAGGGUGUUUUAGAAUCCUGGGUGGAAUUGGCGCCAUCAAGAGCUUCGAUUUGCAGUAGUGUCGAGGCGAUCAUGGUAGACCGAGAUGGCACCGAACAGAGUGGAGCCAAGAUGUCGCGUGCUAGGUACGAUCUCUGAUUUUUCGUUUUAAUCUAGGAAUAGUUCCGACUUACCAAUAUUAUUUUAGUCCGGUCAGUUUCCAAAGUCCUCAUGUUGAAUUCGAAACAAAUUUGGAACAAGUGAAGAACAAGUUGGUGAAAGACAUGUUACCUCCUGGAAAGAACACAGACUGGAUCUGGGAUUGGUCAUCUCGGCCUGAAACUCUCUUUGCACAGAGAAACAUCAGAAAUCGAGGGAAUGGAGAGUCCACUCUUACCACACCCCCCAAUUCCCCUGAACCCAGUGAAUAUGAUUUUGGAGGGAAGAAGGCUUGGCCAUUGUGGCGUUUCGAAGUGAUCGUCAGUUUGGUGGUCUCCAAUCUGAUGACUUUUGUUCUUGGUGCUACAGUUGGGUAAGAAUCCUCCAAACUUCUAGUGUAAUAUCGACUUAAUAUUACCUUACCCCUAUCGUUGUUUUUUUAGAUUCUGCCUUUGUAAGAAGCUGGCCAAGAAUCGCGACACCUUUUACUGA